CCCCUCACCGUUGUCACAAUUCCGAUAGGACGGGGACGAACUGAACACUGACCUUGUCUCUCACGCACCUGGCCGCGCAAAAAUUCGAGUAGUGGCAAAACCCUCAAAUCAGGACAAUGGUGACUCCCGCCUGUUUUCCUUCCAGCGAUGCUGGUAGACGAUAUAGUCGUGCUUGUCCUCCGUAUCCCAUAUCUUACUCAGACCGCCGCUUUCAUCUUUCCUCCCAAGAAGGGCGAACCACUACCAUGAUGGACCGCGAUUUCGACUCGGAUUCCCAACCUCGUAAGAGGAUCGCAGUGGCAUGCGGCCGCUGUCGCAAACGCAAGAUCCGAUGUAGCGGCGACCCGGGGAACGGUCUCCCAUGCACGAACUGCAAGAACGCGUCCCAUGAGCCUUGUCUUUUUUUACGGGUUGCUUCGACCGUGACUCAUCUUAGGAACGAUGGGAACGAUUUCGGAUAUAAUCUCGACGCGGCCCGGACGUAUAGCAACCAAUCCCGCGUGUCAGUGUCACAGCUGAGUCCCAUCCCGCAAUAUAACGCAGACAUAUCCGGCGGAGAUGUUAUAACUUCGUACCGUCAAAACCAGUACCCGUACAGCAGCAAGGGGUAUAUUUCUACCAUAUCGGGGUGGACGAACGGAUAUCAGGACGAAGUGGACUACGGUCUCAACUACCCCUACCCAGUUCUUGGUCAAGAUGCGACUCAUAUGGUGCAAGGUUAUGGACGGUACGGUUCCGGGAAGUCCGUCUACGUGGAUUCUGAAACGACCCCUUACUCUUAUAGCAGCUUGGUGCAUCGUCCGGCAGUGAGCAGCGAAUCUCCUACAGGUUUCUCGCUUUCCGGAAUGGCAACUUCUCUACCAUCGGCCACCGACCGAGUCGUGCCAUCGGACCGCCUCCUGCCUCAAGUUAAUCGAACCUUGACGGGCUCUUCAAGCUAUCGUGCAGACGGCCUGCCGCCCUAUAGCAACUCGAAGACUUCCCCGACAAGUUCAUUACCUGAAGUUGGCUACGGCGGGCUAAGCUCCAGCUUCGACCAGUCAUACUCCACAGCCCCUACAUCAGUUCCGCCGAGCAUCUCACAUAGAUUGGGCGGGCAGCACGACGGCGCCGCUUACCAGUCAAGUGCGACGGCCGCCACAGACAACAUAUACUCACCCAGCGACCACCCGCUCCGGUCGACCGAGGACACCAACUCGAACCUGAGCUAUAUCUAUAGCGAUAAGCCGGACGGACCUCGAAGGGACUCCCAUUCGAGCGGCGGAGCGAGCAGUAGCUCGGUGUUACCGAAUGGCCACAUCUACGUGCCCGACUCGCACGUAUCAUCCUCGCAGAGCUACUCGUCUCAUAGCAGCAUAUUGGAUGGAGCUCCCACGUCGUCUGACCGAGGGAGUGGCAGUAGCGUGUCAUCCCAUAUGCACACGGACACUCACCGGCGAUCUGCGGGAAACCUCCGUGGGGGAUAAGAAUCUGCCGCCCUAUAUUUGAGCGUGCCCGGUUGGCUGAACAGCCGGGUGAUGGCGGCAUGCGGUGCGACGUAUGUCCAAGG